AUGCAAAAGCUCAGCAACUUCACCCAGAACCGCUGGGAUCGGAUAGCUCCUGCCUCGCUGGGAGGAGGCAUGUCCCGUAUGCCUCACGAAAUGGCGAGCACCAUGAGACGACCUCAGCCCUCCCCAAGUCUCGGUCCUGCCCCGAACCCCGAGGCGACUACCGUCAAUCUGUCGUUCAACAUCCCGUUCUCGUACAGCUUGACCGGUCCUGAUCCUGAAGAUAUCCUUCACGCGAGUCCUGGCGCGUCUCAAAAGUGGACUUUCCCGUCCAACACGCCUGAGGGUACCCCAAACCACAAGCUUCCGGUCCAUGUGCAGAAUGAAGAGCGACUGAGAACAUUGUGCCAAUACUCAAGUGAUCAGACUGGAGGCCGCGUCUAUGCUACCGUCACCUCGUCGGAACCCUCUACCGGCCCCGCGUUGCACCGAAAGUCCCAAAGCUUAGUCACCAACGUGUGUGUCUCUGGAGAUGGUGAUCUGGUUUACAAGAUUAGGGCGAGGAUCCUCAACGAGACACCAAUUAUGAUGCGCUCUGCUGUCGUCGAUGUCGAUCCCAAUUUGAUCCUGGACGGUGCUGAAACCAAAGUACGAAGCAGCGUGCUUAGCCACAUUGACUUGUGUGCUAAGUAUACCGGUACUGACAUCUUUCUGCUGAAACCUCGAGCUUCUGACCUUGAGUCUGCUGGUGCUUCUUUUGCCAAUGGGGCGGACAGCGGACUUGAUCAAAGGUACCGUAUCAACAUCUAUGGCGACAUGGAGAGUGUCGAGCAUGCGAAAACGAGAGCCCUGAUGAUGAUUGACCAAAUCUUGAAGCACAAAAUUGAUGUCAUCAAACUCGAGGUUACUAUGCAUACUCUUGUCUCUGGCCGUACUGGCAAGAACAUCAAAAUGAUUGAGUCCGCCACAAAGACAGCCAUAUAUUUCCCGCCACCGUUUCCAGGCGCUUUUGGUUAUAUUCCACCGAAUGCAACACGCCGGGCCCCGGAUGAAGUCUUCAUUACCGGCGAGACUCAGGAGCGUAUCAACAGUGCCAAGCAGAAGUUGAAGGAGCUCGUCAUGGGCAUCAAGCUCUAUUCCAAGGACGCUGUCGUCUCCGCUAGCAAAAUUGACAAUAUCUUGCUCGAUCGUCUCGACAAGGUGCGCAAGAUCAUGGACACCAAUGGCUCCUAUGUGCUGUUUCCACAACUGGGAAGUAACCGCGGCAUGGUUCGCGUGCAAGGCACCGAAGUCCUCCAUGUCGAACGCACUGUCAAGGAGAUCAUGGCCCUGGCUGGUCAGUUCUACAGCGCUUCCUGGUGGGUGAUGGUUCCGGACCCGACGCAAGGCCCCGCCAUCCGCGCUCCCGAUACUGCUGAGAUUCGGGCGAUGCUCUGCGACGUCUGCACCAAUUCUGGAGCCGAUCUCAGCUUCGAUAAGUUCACCUUCACCAUCAAUGGGUCGGAUGAUGCGGUCAAGUCGGCUAUGAUGGUGAUCUAUCAGAUUCCGUUUGUGAAGCGCACCCCUUACCAGAUGCGUGUCAAGAUUGAGCUCGCCAAUGAGCACAAAGAGUUCGUCAGUGGAAAGAAGAAUGGCAAGAUCAACAAGAUUAUGGGGCAGAGCAAUGUCCAGAUCAUCUUCGACGGCUUCAACGAGUACAAUUUCUAUAUCGAUGUGGUAGGUAGCCAGUACGAAGCUACCCGCAACGGACUGGACCUCGUUGAGCAAGAGAUGCCAGCCUCGAUCUCAUUCCAUGUACCCGAUCAGUACCACAAACGUAUCAUUGGCAUUGGAGGACAACACAUCCAGCGAAUCAUGAAAAAGUACUCCGUGUUUGUCAAAUUUUCGAAUGCAAUGGACCGAGGAGGCCUGGGCAAAGAGGAUGAUGAUGUUAAGGUUGACAAUGUCAUCUGUCGUACUCCGGCCCGCAACGCGCAGAGUCUGGACCUUGUGAAACAGGAAAUCAUGGAUAUGGUGGAGAAAGUUGACGCCGAAUUUGUGGCUGAGACCGUUCUCAUCAAUCGUCUCUACCACCGCGAGCUCAUCACUCGUCUCCCGGAGAUCGAGGACUUGGAAAAGAAAUGGAACUGCAAAAUCGACUUUCCGAGCACGGAACAGGCGAGCGACGUAGUGACAAUCUCCGGUCCCGAGUACCAAGUGCCUCAAGCAGUGGAUGCCUUCCUCGGCAUGGUUCCCGAGAGCCACGAGAUCUCUUUCCAGAAAGCCGACGAGCUUGAGACAUUCUUCUCCUCUGAAGACUCGUAUAAUGAUCUACGCCAGAAGCUCCAGAGCCAAUACGAAGUUGACGUCCAUGUCAACCCGGAGCUUAACAGCUUGCCUAAAUCGGCGACCGCCUCGGUUGAACGCAUCGUGUCUGCCUCGGAAGGCCGACUUGUGCUGACCUAUACACGCAAUAACGCAGGUGGCCUCAAGGAUGCGAUUGACUAUCUCAUCUCCCAACUUGUCCCACGCGGUCUAGACGCGACAACUAUCAAGGGAGCCAUUCCUCGACCCAUCUCCGACUCUUUCGAGGAUUCGCUCCCGUUUUUCGAGUCGAAGCUACUGCAGAAUGCGCCUUCACUUCACUCGACGGACUCUCCGACUCGGUCUGUGUUCGGCGAUGGCGACAACACCCCGGUGUCGGAGCGCGCAUCUCUCUUUGACCGACUGCGCAAACCAGGCAGCAUUGGCUCCUUCUCAUCCUUCAUGAGCCGGAAAAACCAAAACAACUCACCUGGUACUUUCUUCAAGCAUGCCUCUUCCAAUGCCAGCAAGGCAUCGCUUAUUUCAAUGGAAAGCCGCGAGAGCGGCUAUCGCAAUUUCUGGAAUGACUCUGGUGUGAAUCUCCCCGAAGAAGAAGCGGCCGCAGGUUCACUCAAUGGAACGUGGCAUCGUUACUCUGAGACCAAGUUCCCUUUCGGCAACCACAGCGCAACCCCAGGCGAUCGGACCCCAAAGCAUGAACCACGCGCGAGCUUUGAUUCAGGACGACCGCCAACAUCUCAUUCUCUUUCAGGAUACCCGGGGGUCAUUGGCAGCACCAAUGUACAUCCCCACCCAUUCAACGGAACGACAGGAUCUCAUUUGAAUUUGCCUCUCCGCUAG